AUGGACGCUGAAACUCCGCGUUCAUCAUUUGGCAAACAGCGACGUAAACGCCGUCUUGUGUUUGUUUCAUCACCCGAAACAUCAGAAAAUGAAGAGCCUGCAACGACCUUGGUACGUACUAAGUAUACAUUAGGAACUGAAAUAUCGAAAAAUGAAGAAUCUGCGACUACUACCUUACCACGUACUCGUAAAUUAGGAAAGGAAAAUACAGCAAUUCCAGAUUCUGAGAUUACAGAGAUUCUUGAACAAAUUGACUCUGACUUUAGUGACUCGUCUUUGGAUAACUAUCAACCACAUUCAACUGAUUCGUCGUCUUCAGACUCUGAAAAUACAGACUUUGAAGAUAGUCAAGCCGAGUGCUCUGCCCCAGACGAACAGCCUCAAUCGUCAGCGUCUCUCCAAGUUGAGCAGUAUUUGGCAUCAAAAAUAAAUGUUCCUGGACCGUCUCAAGGGCAAAGAGCGCUAGAAAGACCAUCUGUACCUUGGUCAACAAUAAAUGAAGGUAUGAAGACUUUUGAUUUCCUGGAAACGGAAAACGUUGGUUUGAAAGUGCUGGUUUCUAAUGAGUCAAAAGCUAUAGAUUUUUUAAGUUUAUUUCUGGAUGAUGAAUUUCUGACAUAUAUUGUUCGAGAAACUAAUAAGCAUGCUAUUGAUGUUUUGACGAAGCCAGGAGUUACGCUAAAAUCAAGAAUAACGGACUGGAAAGACACAAAUGUCGCUGAGAUAAAAGUAUUUUUUGGCAUAAUUUUACAUAUGGGCAUUAUUCGUCUUAAUCGUUUGACGGACUACUGGAAAACGGAUCGAUUAUUCAACAUUCCAAUUUUCAGACAGUAUAUGUCGCGGAACAGGUUUUUGUUGCUGUUCAGAUGCUUGCAUUUUUCCAGCUCAUCAGCUGGGGGAUUGAGCAAAGUCGAGAAAUUGAUCGAACGAUUUAAUGACAAGAUGAAUUAUCUAAUAUGCGCUCAGAAAGAAUUAUCACUUGACGAAAGCAUGAUUCUCUACAGAGGUCGUUUAUUUUUUAGACAAUUUAUAAAAAACAAAAAACACAAAUAUGGAAUGAAGCUGUACAUGCUUACAGAACCCGAUGGCCUUGUUCUAAGACUGCAUCUGUAUGGAGGCUCGGCCGAUAUAACAAGUGGAAAAGGCCACACAGAAAAGGUGGUGCUACAUCUAUUGAAAGAUUUCCUAGGGAAAGGCCAUUCAGUUUAUAUGGACAAUUUUUACAAUAGCUAUAAUUUAGCCGCGAAGUUGCUUACUCACAAGACUUACUGUACUGGAACUCUGAGAAAAAAACGUGAAUUCAAUCCUGAGAUUGUGAAUAGUAAAAUGAAAAAGGGAGAUAAUAAAUCUGUAUUUCAUAAUGGCAUUCACAUUGGAUGCUACAGGGAUAAACGAUACAUUCCCUACAUAUCAACAGAACAUGAUGAUGAAAUGGUUACGGUGACCAAUAAAAGGGGAAUCUCAAAAGAGAAACCAAAAGCUUUAGCUUUUUAUAAUCGGUUUAUGUCUGGCAUUGACAGGCAAGAUCAAAUGUUGUCGUACUACCCGUGUGAAAGGAAAACGCUGCGGUGGUAUAAAAAGUUCCUCAUACAUGUAUUUCAAAUACAAAUUUUGAAUGCCUACAUUUUAUACAACAGAUUUUCUGGGAAACACUUGAAUAUGUACGACUUCAGGAUGUCCCUCAUAAAUGAGUUAUUACCUCCAAAAGAGUGUUCAGUUUCAACAAGCUCACUGGUUCCCACUCGUUCGGAACGUGUUCACAAAUUAACUAAAAUAGAAAAUAAAACUGAAGAAACUAAAAAAGAUGCACCUGGACACGUUCGAAAAAUUAAUAGAGUAAAACGAAAAGUUUGUCGGCAAUGUACCGCUGUAAGAAAAAUUCGCAAGCAGACACGCUACCACUGUGUUUUGUGCUUAGAGCAGCCUGGGCUAUGUGAUCAGCAGUGCUUCGAUGCAUAUCAUGCUGGUCGAUUUACGACGAAUUAA